AAAAUAAACAGGCGCCAUCGAUUGACUUCAUUGACUUACAAAAAAUUCGAGUGUCAUCAAUAGAAGAAAAAAACAUUGAAAAAUGACGACGCAAAGAAAAAACCGAACAAAGCAAAUUAAAACCGAAAUUGCCGAUCCAGAUGUGGAAAUAUGUGAUUUAACCGAUAACAACAAUCAAAAAUGGACAGUGUUAGAGGAGCAACAAUUGGUCGAUUCAGUCAGUAGUCAGUUCAUAGGUGCCAAGUACAAAUUAUACAGAGAUAGCAUCCAUGACAUCAACUGGAAUUCGGUCAACAUUGAGCACCGAUCGGAAAAUGCGUCCAAAGCCCAUUUAACGGAAAUGAUCAAAAAAGUGAAGAAAUAUCGAACAUUGAACGAAAUUCUGAUGGACUACGCAAACACACAUUUACAUCCGGGCGAAAUAAUUCCACAACCUGUGAAAGCAGAGACAACUGAAAAUGUUAGAAAAAAAACCAAACCUGAAAAUCAAAUCCAUCAGCCACACCGACCAGUUUCAGUGGAGACAACUACAAAUGCCGUCAACAAAAAACGCAAACAGGAACUUACUCAAAACAACCGGACACCACGAGCUACUGAAGUAGAGUCAACCGAAAAAAUUGUGAAGAAAAUGAAAGGUGAAAAUCAAAUACAUCAACGAACAGCCUCGAGCUCGACAACCGAAAUUGUUAGCAAAAAAGUCAAACCUAAAAAUCAUGAAAAAUCAACUAAGAAAAGCAGACCAUUUUUUGGUGGCUUCGUUGUUACUGAAGACUAGAUUGUGCUUUUUUUAAUUUAAUUUAAUUUAUUCGCUGAGAGUAUGACAAUGUUAAAACAGAUUUUAACAGAUUUUUCUAUUUGUUGCAAAUAUACAGAGAUAUUGAAAUGUAAAGAAA